AUGCCACAACGUGCGAGAAAUUUUAAACUUUUGAAAGAAAUCCUUUACCGGCAGCGGCUCGUUCGGCGAACGCAUUCUUCCCAUACGGCAUUGAGAACGAUCGCUGUGGGGUUGCAAGUUAAAAUUCAACGUAUAUCGUCCAAACUGUUGCCGCUUCGGGGGAAGCGAUUUCAGAAAGCGGUUGACAUUUUCAUAACCAGUUCGUUAAAACGCAAUCGUUCCGCCGGGGUGAACGAACCCUCUGGUAGCAGAACAACAAUGAGUCGGGCUAAAAGCCGGACCAUGGCUAGAAUGGCAUCCAAAUUUGUUGCCUCAACACGGACGAAGCAAUCGCCGUAUCUGAACUCUGCCGAUCUGCUAGAGGCCCGCAACAGACCGACCAUUUGCUCGGAUCCGUUUCUGCUGUUUUUGCAAGAUUUCACCAGCGAAUGUGCUGCUAUACGCACUCUGGAACGCCAAGACCCUGCUGCCGAGCCCGCGACAAGCGAUAUCGAUGACGAUUUUGAGGAAGGCGAUGCCAACGAUCCGGUGCUGGAGGAGCUUCCUUCAAAGGAUCAACUACUCUCGGUUGCAUGGAAAGCGUGGUGCAGCCUUUCAGACAAAUCACGUGAACCAUAUCGCUUUCGAGCCAUCACGGCAGCCCUCUUUCCGGCAGCCAUCGAUCAGGCAUUCUGA